GCGGAGCCCCGGCGCGGGGGAUCGCCGGCCCCGGCGCGGGCGGGCGAUGCCGCGGUGACGGCCCCGCCAUGGCGAAGCCCCCGGCGGCGGCGGCGGCGGCGGCGUCGGAGGAGCUCAGCCAGGUGCCGGACGAGGAGCUGCUGCGCUGGACCAAGGAGGAGCUGGCGCGGCGGCUGCGGCGCGCCGAGGGCGAGAAGGUGGGCCUCAUGCUGGAGCACGGCGGCCUGAUGCGCGACGUGAACCGGCGGCUGCAGCAGCACCUGCUGGAGAUCCGCGGGCUCAAGGACGUGAACCAGCGGCUGCAGGACGACAACCAGGAGCUGCGCGAGCUCUGCUGCUUCCUCGACGACGACCGGCAGAAGGGGCGCAAGCUGGCGCGCGAGUGGCAGCGCUUCGGGCGCCACGCGGCGGGCGCCGUGUGGCACGAGGUGGCCCGCUCGCAGCAGAAGCUGCGGGAGCUCGAGGCCCGCCAGGAGGCCCUGCUGCGGGAGAACCUGGAGCUCAAGGAGCUGGUGCUGCUGCUCGACGAGGAGCGCGCGGCGGCGCUGGCGGCGGCGGGGGGCGCCGGGGCCGCCGGGAGCGCCGGGAGCGCCGGGAGCGCCGGGGGCGGCGGCGGCGGCGGCGGGGGCGCGGGCUCCCGCAGCUCCAUCGACAGCCAGGCCAGCCUGAGCGGGCCCCUGGCGGGCGGCGCGGCGGGCUCGGGGGCCCGCGACGUGGGCGACGGCAGCAGCACGUCCAGCGCGGGCAGCGGCGGCAGCCCCGACCAUCACCACCACCACCAUCACCACCCCCACCCCCACCACCACGUCCCGCCCGCGCUGCUGCCGCCCGGGCCGCACAAGGGCCCCGACGGCAAGGCGGGGGCCACGCGCCGCUCCCUGGACGACCUGUCGGCUCCUUCCCACCACCGCAGUAUCCCCAACGGCCUGCACGAUCCCUCAUCGACCUACGUCAGGCAGCUGGAGACCAAGGUGAAACUUCUGGAGGGUGACAAGGUCCUUCCGCAGCAGGUGGGUUCUGGAGAGUUCCGUACGCUGCGGAAGGGCUUCUCACCGUACCACUCCGAGUCCCAGCUUGCACUGCUGCCGCCCUCCUACCAGGACAUCCCCCAGAACGGCCCCGCCUGCCCCGUCCCCGAGCUGCCCUCGCCGCCCUCCACGGGCUACAGCUCUGUGGGACAGAAGCCCGAGGCCGUGGUGCACGCCAUGAAGGUCUUGGAGGUGCAUGAGAACCUGGACCGGCAGCUCCAGGACAGCUGCGAGGAGGAUCUGAGCGAGAAGGAGAAGGCCAUCGUCCGCGAGAUGUGCAACGUGGUCUGGAGGAAGCUGGGCGACGCCGCCAGCUCCAAGCCCUCCAUUCGGCAGCACCUGUCCGGGAACCAGUUCAAGGGACCUUUGUAGGGCAUUCUCUCAUGGACACGGACUGCGCUCCUGGGGCCCCAGCCUCACCCCUCCUGCCCUGCUCCGCGGUGAAUUGUACAUAGGACACAGCUCCCCCUGCUGGCGGGUGCGACACGGCCCGGCCUCCGCCGCGACGGGGGAGGUGAGAAGCCACCUCCGUGGGCCCUGUCGGGGCCCGCUUGGACAGCCGCGCCCCGGCAGGAGGCCGAGGCCGCUCCUCCAUGCCAGGCCCAGCCCCCGCGGUGUCUCGCCUUCCGUCCGGAGCGGUUCAUCAAGCCUUCCAUCCCUGGACGCCCCACCCCUGGACGGAGGCCCCCCGAGUCAGAAUCCUCGCGCGGGGACCGGACCAGGCACUCACCAGGUCCACGGCUGGCAGGAGGCGGCUCCGCGCGGCCCAGGCCCGUCCUGACCCCCGGCCCCGGAGCUCAGGGUCCUCGCUCUGGGGCGGGUGUCCAGCUUGUGUGUAGCAUCCAUCAGUCUCGACGCCCCUCGGACGCUUGCCCCGUCUGUAAGGUCUCCCUCACUUUGCCAGGCUGAGCCGUCCCAGGCCCCUCCUGCUGGGCGCCCCUUCUGUGUUGACACGGAUGCAGGAAGGUUCUGGAGUGUCUGAGCUGAGCUGCACACCUUUCUGGGCCAUGGCGGGGUUUCUGUCGGCUGCAGCCCCUCCUAAGGCCGGGGGGCCCUCCUCAAGGCCGGUGG